GUCCGCGCGUGAGCCAUGGGAGGCGGGGUGCCCGCCGGCAGAAGUAAACAGAGCGAGUACGCCUGCGCACGCUCUUCCUGGGUCAAGAGCCGGCUCGGUUCUGGGCUUCUGAGGCUCCCCAUCGCGGUCCGGCUUCUCUGGGAGACUGUCUACAAACCGACGAGAGGCGUCAACCUUUUACCCUAGGGGGCGGAUUUGGGUAGGAGCCGAGCGUUCGGUCGGAAACGCCCCCUUCUUCCUCCUGGGCGGGGCAAGUGAGGCCAAGCACUGGGCCUCCAGGGCGUCGUACCUCUGUGAGACAUGGCUCGCUGUGGGGAAGGCAGUGCGGCCCCCAUGGUACUUCUGGGGUCCGCUGGAGUUUGCAGUAAGGGGUUGCAAAGGAAGGGGCCGUGUGAGCGGCGCCGGCUGAAGGCGACGGUGUCGGAGCAGCUCAGCCAGGAUUUGCUCAGGCUUCUAAGGGAAGAAUUCCAUACAGAUGUUACCUUCUCUGUGGGUUGUACUUUGUUCAAAGCACACAAAGCAGUCCUUUUAGCAAGAGUUCCUGACUUCUAUUUUCAUACUAUUGGACAGACAUCAAAUAGUUUAACAAAUCAGGAGCCUAUUGCUGUGGAGAAUGUUGAAGCUUUAGAAUUUAGAACGUUUUUACAGAUUAUAUAUUCGUCAAACAGAAACAUAAAAAACUAUGAAGAGGAAAUUCUUAGGAAAAAGAUAAUGGAGAUUGGGAUAUCACAAAAGCAACUUGACAUCAGUUUUCCCAAGUGUGAAAACUCAUCUGAUUGUUCUCUUCAGAAGCAUGAAAUUCCAGAGGAUAUUAGUGACAGAGAUGAUGAUUUCAUUUCCAAUGAUAAUUAUGACUUGGAGCCUGCAUCUGAAUUAGGAGAAGAUUUAUUGAAGCUUUAUGUGAAACCUUGUUGCCCAGAUAUUGAUAUUUUUGUUGAUGGAAAACGUUUUAAAGCUCACAGGGCCAUUUUGAGUGCCAGAUCUAGUUAUUUUGCUGCAAUGCUGAGUGGCUGUUGGGCUGAAAGCUCCCAAGAGUACGUUACUCUUCAAGGUAUAAGCCAUGUAGAACUGAAUGUUAUGAUGCAUUUUAUAUAUGGAGGAACUCUGGACAUUCCAGACAAAACUAAUGUUGGUCAGAUACUCAAUAUGGCUGAUAUGUAUGGACUAGAAGGAUUAAAAGAAGUAGCAAUCUAUAUUUUAAGAAGAGAUUACUGUAAUUUCUUUCAGAAGCCUGUUCCCAGAACAUUGACGUCUAUACUAGAAUGCCUGAUUAUUGCUCAUUCAGUUGGAGUGGAAAGUCUUUUUGCUGACUGCAUGAAGUGGAUUGUAAAGCAUUUUGCAAGGUUUUGGUCUGAGAGAAGCUUUGCAAAUAUACCUCCUGAGAUUCAGAAAAGUUGUCUUAAUAUGUUGAUUCAGUCCUUAAAUGAUAAGAAUGCUGCUUUUCUUCUGAUGGAAAGUGACAGGCUAAUCAUCAGUUUACCCAGAGUGAAGUGGACGGAAGCAGCACUGACCAUGGCGUCUCAGCUUCAAGAAAAAUGUAUUGCAUUUAUUGUAGACAACUUCUCCAAGAUUAUUCAGAGUGAAAAUUUUGCUCUUCUUUUACAGUCACAAGCAAUGAGCAGCACAGCUGAUCUGUUGGACACAAUUUUAAAAGCAAUUGAAGAAAAUAUCACCACUGAAAAUAGCUGCUCUCUUCUUAUGGCUCUGGACACACUGCUGAACUCUGACAGUACAAAAGAAAUGGGUUUUACGUGCAAGAUCCAGGCUCUGCGUGAUAAGCUGUGGAUCUUCCUGGUUCAGUCUUUCUAUGCUGUUCGUCACACAGAAAGCUGGAAGCUGAUGAGCACAGAUGAUCAACAGAAAAUCCAAGCAGCUGCAUUUGACAAAGGUGAUGAUCGAAGACUUGGCAAAAAGCCUAUAUUCAGUAGCUCGCAGCAAAGGAAACAAGUUUCUGACUCUGGUGAUAUAAAAAUCAAAUCUUGGAGGGGAAAUAACAAGAAAGAGUGUUGGAGUUAUCUCUCUGCUAAUAAAAAGAUGAAAUCUGAUGGAUUAGGAGCAUCUGGACAUUCGUCAAGUACCAAUAGAAAUAGUAUAAAUAAAACUCUGAAGCAAGAUGAUGUAAAGGAAAAAGAUGGUACAAAAAUAGCAUCUAAGAUUACAAAAGAACUAAAAACUGGGGUAAAAAAUGUUUCUGGAAAGCCCAAAACUGUAACAAAAUCCAAAACAGAAAAUGGUGAUAAGGCACGGUUGGAAAACAUGUCACCUAGACAAGUUGUAGAAAGAUCAGCAACAGCAGCAGCAGCAGCAACUGGACAGAAGAAUUUACUAAAUGGAAAAGGAGUGAGAAAUCAGGAAGGGCAAAUUACAGGUGCCAGACCCAAGGUACUCACAGGAAACUUAAAUGUGCAAGCCAAAGCAAAGCCUUUGAAGAAAGCUACAGGGAAGGAUUCGCCAUGCCUCAGCAUCGCAGGACCCUCCAGCAGAUCCACAGAUUCAAGUAUGGAAUUCUCAAUUUCCACUGAAUGUCUGGAUGAACCGAAAGAAAAUGGAUCAACAGGAGAAGAAAAGCCUUCUGGACAUAAACUAUCCUUUUGUGAUUCUCCAGGACAGAUGAUGAAAAACAGUGUAGAUAGUGUCAAAAAUUCCACUGUAGCCAUAAAAUCUCGACCUGUUUCAAGAGUUACCAAUGGAACUUCCAAUAAAAAAAGUAUUCAUGAACAAGACACUAAUGUAAAUAACAGUGUACUAAAGAAAGUCAGUGGCAAAGGAUGUAGUGAGCCAGUACCACAGGCAAUUUUGAAGAAAAGAGGAACUAGCAAUGGAUGUACUGCAGCUCAGCAGAGGACAAAGAGUACCCCAUCUAAUCUUACUAAAACUCAAGGAUCCCAAGGAGAGUCACCAAACUCAGUAAAAUCUUCAGUCUCUUCAAGGCAGUCUGAUGAAAAUGUGGCAAAGUUGGACCACAAUACAACUACAGAGAAACAAGCACCUAAGAGAAAAAUGGUCAAGCAAGUACACACAGCUUUGCCUAAGGUUAAUGCAAAAAUAGUGGCAAUGCCUAAAAAUCUAAAUCAGUCAAAGAAAGGUGAAACUUUGAAUAAUAAAGAUUCAAAACAGAAAAUGCUUCCUGGACAGGUUAUAUCAAAAACUCAGCCUUCCUCCCAAAGACCUUUAAAACAUGAAACAUCUACUGUCCAAAAAAGUAUGUUUCGUGAUGUGCGUGAUAAUAAUAAGGACAGUGUUUCUGAACAGAAGCCUCACAAACCUCUCAUUAAUCUUGCAUCUGAAAUAAGUGAUGCAGAAGCACUCCAGUCAUCCUGCAGGCCUGACCCACAAAAGCCAUUAAACAAUCAAGAAAAAGAGAAGUUGGCGUUAGAAUGCCAAAAUAUUUCAAAGCUGGAUAAAUCAUUAAAACACGAACUGGAAUCAAAACAGAUUUGUUUAGAUAAAAGUGAAACAAAAUUUCCCAAUCACAAAGAAGCAGAUGAUUGCGAUGCAGCUAACAUAUGUUGUCAUUCUGUUGGGAGUGAUAAUGUAAAUUCAAAAUUUUAUAGCACCACAGCCCUAAAAUACAUGGUUUCAAAUCCAAAUGAAAACUCCUUGAACUCUAAUCCAGUUUGUGAUUUAGACUCAACAAGUGCAGGGCAAAUCCAUUUGGUAUCAGAUAGGGAGAACCAAGUAGAGAGAAAAGAUACAAACAAACAAUCAAGUAUUAAAUGUGUGGAAGAUGUUUCACUGUGUAAUCCUGAAAGGACAAAUGGUACCUUAAAUUCUGCUCAAGAAGACAAAAAAUCGAAAGUUCCUGUGGAAGGACUGACAGUUCCUAGUAAGUUGUCAGAUGAAUCUGCUAUGGAUGAAGACAAACAUGCUACAGCACACUCAGAUGUAUCUUCCAAGUGUUUUUCGGGACAGCUAUCAGAAAAAAAUUCUCCUAAAAAUAUGGAAACAUCAGAAUCUCCAGAGAGCCAUGAAACUCCAGAAACUCCAUUUGUGGGUCACUGGAAUUUGAGUACUGGUGUUCUGCAUCAGCGAGAGAGUCCUGAGUCUGACACUGGCAGUGCUACCACCUCCUCCGAUGACAUAAAGCCCAGAUCUGAAGACUAUGAUGCCGGAGGGUCUCAGGAUGAUGAUGGGUCAAAUGACAGAGGUAUCUCUAAAUGUGGCACUAUGCUGUGCCAUGAUUUUCUUGGAAGAAGUAGCAGUGAUACCAGUACUCCUGAAGAAUUAAAAAUUUAUGAUAGUAAUUUAAGAAUUGAAGUAAAAAUGAAAAAGCAAAGUAGUAAUGAUCUUUUCCAAGUUAAUUCAACAAGUGAUGAUGAAAUCCCUAGGAAAAGGCCAGAAAUUUGGUCUCGAUCUGCAAUAGUUCACUCUAGGGAAAGAGAAAAUAUUCCACGAGGCAGUGUCCAGUUUGCUCAGGAAAUAGAUCAGGUAUCUUCUUCAGCAGAUGAAACAGAAGAUGAAAGAUCUGAAGCUGAAAACGUUGCAGAAAAUUUCUCUAUAUCUAACCCACCUCCUCAGCAGUUUCAGGGAAUAAUUAAUUUAGCUUUUGAAGAUGCAACUGAAAAUGAAUGUCGUGAAUUUUCUGCAAAUAAAAAGUUUAAAAGGUCAGUUUUACUUUCAGUCGAUGAAUGUGAAGAGCUGGGAUCAGAUGAAGGAGAAGUCCAUACUCCCUUUCAGCCUUCUGUAGAUUCUUUUUCACCUUCUGAUGUUUUUGAUGGCAUUUCUCAUGAACAUCAUGGAAGGACCUGCUAUUCCAGAUUCUCACGAGAAAAUGAAGAUAAUAUUUUAGAAUGUAAACAAAAUAAAGGCAAUAGUGUAUGUAAAAAUGAAAGCACUCUCUUGGAUCUUAGUAGCAUUGACUCUUCAAGAAAAAAUAAACAGAGUGUUUCAGCCACAGAAAAAAAGAACACAAUAGACGUCCUAUCCAGUAGAAGCAGACAGCUUCUUCCAGAAGAUAAAAAAGUAAACAGUGGAAGCAAUGUGGAUAAUGACAUUCAGCAACGCAGCAAAUUCUUGGAUAGUGAUGUAAAAUCUCAAGAAAGACCAUGUCACUUGGAUCUUCAUCAAAGAGAACCCAAUUCUGACAUACCAAAGAACAGCUCUACAAAAUCUCUAGACUCCUUUCGGAGUCAAAUUCUGCCUCAGGAAGGUCCAGUGAAAGAGAGCCAUUCUACAACUACUGAAAAAGCUAAUAUUGCUUUAUCUGCAGGAGACAUAGAUGAUUGUGACACACUGGCACAAACCCGCAUGUAUGACCAUCGGCCUUCAAAAACCCUGUCUCCAAUAUAUGAGAUGGAUGUAAUAGAAGCAUUUGAGCAGAAAGUGGAAUCAGAAACACAUGUUACAGAUAUGGAUUUUGAAGAUGACCAACAUUUUGCAAAACAAGACUGGACACUACUAAAGCAACUGCUCUCUGAACAGGAUUCAAACUUAGAUGUUACAAAUUCCGUUCCUGAAGACUUAAGUUUAGCACAGUAUCUAAUCAAUCAGACACUACUUUUAGCACGAGAUAGCUCAAAACCUCAGGGUAUAGCACAUAUUGACACUUUGAACAGAUGGAGUGAACUAACAUCUCCACUUGAUUCCUCAGCGAGCAUCACCAUGGCUAGUUUUUCCUCUGAAGAUUGUUCGCCUCAAGGCGAGUGGACAAUUCUGGAACUGGAAACUCAGCAUUAAGUGUUAACAUUUUGGAAAAAUUUAUGCCACUCCUUUAUUUUUUGAUGCCUAUAUUAUAUCCAAAUGAUAAUUGCAUUAGCCAGAUAUAAACUUUCUUUAAUAUUGAGUCUUUCCAAUUUAAUAAGGUAAACAUAGUUUAUUUAUUAAUAUAUCACAUAUAGAAAAAUGUUUUUCUAAAGUUUUUGAGCAUGUUUUCUCUAAUUAUUAGAGAAAUUAGAAGACUUAUAAGGAAACCCUAGCUUCAGUUUUCCUUUCCUAGCUGAUGAUUUGUUCACUUAUUCAUUAUUCAAGAAUUUAAAAUGUGAAUGCACAAGUAGAUCAGUCCCUUUACUUUUUGCUCUGCAUAGGGUAACAUAGUAAUUUAACAAUAAAAACUUACUGUGCUUGUGUCCA